AUGGGAAUACCACUCUGGAAACCAAAAGACGAAAUCAAGCAAAUUCAUACACAAUCUCCAACUCAUUCUAAUGAUUAUCAAAACCUUGAUAUCCUUACAUUCCAACAACGACCAACUAUGGUCAGCAGACACAGUAGUUCAAACAGCUCUACCUCUAGUGCCAAUAGCAUUGGUUCUAGUUCGAUUGCAAAUGCCAUUGCUCUUGCUAAUGCUAAUGGUGCACUUGGAAGUGGAGGAGUAAGCGUGAGUGUGAAUAGUAGUGCUGGAGGUGGAAUAAGCUCUUCAAGACCUCGCCACACACAUCGCAUCAGUCCACUUGAUUCAUCAGGUGGGAGUAACCGAAGCCGUCGUUCGACUCCAAUAUCCAGACCGACCUUCCAACCAAGAAGAACAGAACUUGACAGGCAGAUUGCGAUCCGAAUGAGCGAAAAAGAAGACCUUUUGGCCCAACUUGAAGUAACAGUCUCACUACUCGACCAAUUUUUGUCUGCCCGGUCUGCUCUGGGUUCUGAAGUGAUGGCCAUACCAACAUUUAUCACUCAAGAUCUACCAGCAUUACUGGCUUCUGCUGCAUCUGUCUCAGUCUCUCCACCAAGAGAUAUCACGUUUGCGAAUAGCUAUCAAGGUGUACUUGACAGAGUCAUGCAAAUCUCACCAUACUCCUCUCUUCUACCCCAACUCGAAUCAAGUAUUGCGUCUGCCCAUCGACGUAUCCGUGAUCAGUUGGCCUUGCUGGGAACCACAAUCCCUUCCAUAAGUCCUGAUAAUCUUUUACCUUUAGACAGCGCUACCUCUACCACCUCCACCUUCACUUCCACUCCCAACCCUACUACCACCAUUACAAACAGAAACAACAACAACAACAACAACAACAACAGUCAUAAUCGAUCUAUUACUUUGAGUAAUUCAGAAAGUGACUCGGCCUAAAAUCAUCUCAAUAUCUUUGUAAAUCUUCCUUCCUUCCUUCCUUCCUUCCUUCCUUCCUUCCUUCCUUACUUACCUACUUAUUAUUACUAUUAUUACUAUCAUUAUUUACUAUUCUCUUUCUUACUUACUUAUUUUUAUACCUAUCUUAUUUGUUUUCUUUAUUAUUUUCUUGAAUAUCUACUCCAUUUUCAACCAACAACACUUA